AUGUUGGUUGGGUAUGGGUGCCCGGAAUCAGUGGCUGCAUCACCGAUGCUCAUCUCUUCUCGAACAUCGGAAUGUGGUGAUCCCCCUAUAGAGAGUGAUGAGGGAUACGGUAUAUCGGAUAGCGGUGAAACAAGCCGACGUUCGACUAUUAGCAGGAUGGAUAUGGUGGAGCUAAGCCGUGACUUGGAGGUGAAAAACAAGUAUCCUGAACUGUAUCAAAUGAUCGUUGCACAGCGGCGUUUUGGCUCGACGGAGAAUCGUGAUGCUCCCAUUGUCGUUCACAAUGCGAAUCGAGACUCCUCCAAAGAUGACGAUUCUAAGCAGUUACUGUAUGGGGAAGCGGUUGAGCUGCUAAAACGUUGCCGUAAACAAGAGCGUCAACUGCGUGAAAUGCAGAAGAGUUAUGACAAUUUGCUUAGCGUUAAUAAGCAAAUUAAAGAAACUUAUGUGAAAAUCUAUGCCAAAGCUGAACAAGAGGAGGAGUAUAUUUCGAAUAUUUUACUGAAAAGAAUACAGAAAUUGAAAAAUGACAAGGAAACGUUGGCUCAGAAGUACGAACAGGAGGAAGAGUUUCUUACGAAUGAUUUGAUGAGAAAAAUCAAGCAGAAUCGUCCACGAUCAGGGGCUGCAUUCAAGUCUGUAUCCUCAACGUUGUCCCUGAUUCUACCGAUUUUCGGUGCCGUACAGUUGCAAUCUGAACGUGAUGUGCUGGAGGGAAACGUAAAAAGUGAACAAGCCAGUGUGAUUGACAGCCUACUGACAACAAUUCGUCGCAUGGAAAGCGAAAUGGCCGCAGGGCGAAAGAAUAUGGAUCGUAUGCGUAAAGAGAAAAUUGAUCAGGAAAAUGCUCUUGAACACGAACAAGAGCUUCUGUUUAAUACUCUGGGAAAACAAAUGGAUCAGCUGAAUCAGGAAAAAAGGAAGAUGCAGGCGAGUCUCCAGAAGGCGUACCUGAACGGUUUUAUUGAACCAGAUGAUGAGGUUGUUGGUUCUUUGGUCAACCAGAGUGAGAAUAAUGAUCGUGGACCGAUGGAUUGUGGUAAUCGCAGCGGCUCUGAAGUGGCAAGGUUACGAUCGCAUCUCAGACGUGUAGAACACCAACUGGCCGAAAUGCGUGAAAGGGACUCGAACAAAGCGGCUCAAAUUCGUCAGCUAGAAGAUGUUAUCAGCACAUUGCGCAAAGAGAAAAACGAAAUGUCGCGAAAUAUCGAAGUGGCUGUAUCGAGAUUUUCAACGAAAAUGGAUUCCAUGACAUCGCUUAUUCGACCGGACUUGAUGGGUCCACCGUGCGUACCUCAACAUACAUCUCGUCACGCUGAUGGCAAUGUGUCCGAUAUGGAUGAUAGCAGUUCACGUGGAUCACUAUCGCAGUCUGAUUUCAGCAUGAAUUAGGUUCAUGCAUUGCAUGCUAUGGAGCAGCUUUAUCCGAGUACCACGCGGACUAUUAUAGCUUUUUGA